AUGUAUGCCAACAUUAGUAAAACUAAAUGUGAUUGGAGUCAUUUUGAAGAUGAUGAAAGUGAAACCAAUACUGAUUUGGAAAUUCUCGAUGAUGCUUGGGUUCGUAAGAAUUUGAGCUCCAUUGAACCUUCAAGGAGGUCUCAUAAAAGCAUGGAGGAGGAUGCGAGCUUCGGUCACACAACCGGGUUCCGGAAAAAAGUCGUAGAUGAUUUGAGAAAACCUUUUGAUAAAGAGGAAUUGAAAAUGCUUCAGAAAGCAGGCAUAGAUGUGUCUUAUUAUUUUUAUUAUUCAGAUUUUGAGAGAAAAGUCAAAAGAUCCCGAUACAAGCGGGGGAAAUGCUUGAACAUCCUUCACGGAUUUUUCUUCUGGAUCCAAAACGUGUCGCAAGCAGGAUCGUUUAAACUGUGGAAAGAUGGUCAAUGCCUUCCAGUCGAGCCAGGAUCCACAGAAAGAUUUCCACCCUCACACAGUGAAAAGCAGCCAAUGCGCAGAAGGAUAACAGGCAAUGUGAUCUUGGAUAAAGUGUUAGAGGAGGAGGUGUUUGCUGCUUUCGAUAUUACUAUCAUGGCACGGCCUUUUGAAAACGUUGAUAUGUUGAACGACGUGAAAAAGUUAAAGGCAAAAAGCAAACACUCAGAAGAUAAUAAUGGAUUGGCGCAGCUCAAACAAAUCAUGGAGAAUAAAGACACGGACCCCAACUACAAGCACAUGUUGCGCCUUAUCAUGAGCCGGGCUGAAUCGUACGAACAGCCCAACGCUCCAAAUAACUUCAUUGAUGAUGACAAAAGUGAUCCCGCGUGGCACAAUGACUCGAGAAACAGACUUCUGUGGGUCCCACAUGGAAAGCACGAUAUGAAACAGGAAGGCACGAGCGGCUCAAAAUUGAGGCAUUAUUCAGGCCGCCACAAACACCGCACAAAGACUAAAAGCCUUGUUGAAAUCGAUCGAGCAAAGAAAAAUGUGAAUCCAGUAGGGUAUUAUGUGGAUAGUGUGCCUUUUUACUCAGAACCUGAUCGAAAAAGUAGUCGGUGCACAAAAAUGAAGAAUAUGCGUUCUGGACGAGCUCGACAGGUUAGUAAAUCCCGCAAAAGGAAAAAUGUGGUUGAAGAAGACAGUGAGGAGAUGAAGCCCUUUGUUCGGGUAAAGAGGGAAAAGAUGGAUUGCAAAUGUGCGCAUAAAGUGAAACCAGGUAAAAAGGAUAAAGCGGGCCGGGCAGGAAAAUUGAAGCAAGGGCAUAAUGGACAUUUUGCAAGUCUAAAGGCUGAGGACUGCAAUGUGAAAGCUCGAUCCAGUAGGAAACGAAAGACUUUGGAAAUUCUGAACUACACCGUGCCUUCAAAGAGGUUUCGUACAAGCAUGGAAGAGAACACCAAUUUCCGUCACAUUGAUGCUUCCACAAGUGCGUCUGAUGGGUUCCGAGAGCAAGUCAUAGAUGUGCUGGGGAAAACUUUUGAUAAAAAGGAGUUGAAAAGGCUUCGAGAAGCGUUCGAAGAUGGGUCAUAUUAUAAUUAUUAUCCGGAUAUUGAGAGAAAACUCGAAAGGUCCCAACACAAGCAGAGGAAAUCUGUAGAAUUUCAGAUCUGGUUUUUGAGAUAUUUUUUAUUUCAUUCAAUCUGGAAAAUCGUUCAUGCAGUACAUUUAUAG